AUGGCACAAGCUUUCUCGGAUUGGUUACAAGGAGGCGAAGGAGAGUCCAUAAAAGUCAUGCGGUAUCUAGCGAAUACAUAUCGCUGUGUGAACGAUAAAUUAAAAAAGGAGGGUACACCUGACGACGCCACUAUUGCCGUUGUUAUGUCAAUCACGAUGCACAAUAAUUUAUUACGUGCACCUGGUGGGGCGAAAGUCCAUCUUAAUGCUUUACAGCGGAUGGUCGAACUGCGAGGGGGGCUAUCUUCGUUCCCUACUCUACUGCUACUUCAUAAGAUUUGUCGAACAGAUAUCGAGUUUUCUCUACAAUCGGGUUCGCUACCCCGCUUUUAUCGUGAUGAAUUCCCUUACACCACUAUGCGCUCAUCCUCAACAUGGGUAGAUACGACCUAUGAAGCAUUUAUAAACGCCACAAAUGCCCACAUAUAUAACGUUGACAUUCAAACAGUUUUUCGAGAUAUGCUAUGCGCUUCAAGGUUUAUCAACACCUUAAAAGUUACAAAUCAGAAAAUAGCGCCACUAGUGUUCCAAGAAAUAUUGAUAUCGACAGGGUAUAGAUUGAUGUAUAUCUGUCCCUUGGAUGGACCUCGACUGCUCCCUGCAGCAGACGAUGUAUGUCACUUAGCUUUGUUGGCUAUGGUGACGACGAUUUUGAUUCGGAAAGGUUACAAUCGCUUAUCAUACCCAUAUCUUGCUGGGUUGUUUCAUGACUCGAUCGCAAAGAUAACUGAAAAUCCAUCAGUUUGCAAUGGGUUCUUGCUCUGGCUAUUGUUUAUGGCGGGGAUUUCGAUUUUUGAUGUCAAGGAUGAUGCUUGGUUGCAGUUAAUGCUAAAGAGACAUAUCUCUCUCAUGGAGCUGGAGAGCUGGCAAUCUGUCAAAAUUGAAUUAACGGAAUAUCCGUGGAUCGACUAUUUCCAUGAUGGACCAGGACUUGAACUUUGGGACAUAUUGGCCAGGUCUUGA